AUGAUUGAUAUCAACUUCUUAACAAACGGGAAGGAAGUUGACGUUAUAGACUUGCAGGAUGUAUCGUACAAAGCGACACUUUCGAUGAUUAUAAGUGUUACUGACAUUGCUGUACUGGACAUCACUACACAAGCAAAAUUCUACGGACCAUGCGAUGAAGCAAACGGUGAUUGUGAACACAUUUGUAUUCCGAUCGGGAGGAAUCGCGUUUGUCAGUGUGAAUACGGCUUCACCCUUGAGGCAAAUAAGGAAACAUGCUCCUCACUGCCUCUACUAAACGACUUCAUAUUCGUAGCUGAUUGGACACACAGCAAUAUAUACCAAGUUUCCCUGGUGAAUGGUGGGGCUCAAGGUUUAGACUCUGAUAUGAUACAGAAACCGACUGGAAUAGAGUAUAACCAUCUGACCGGGAAGGUGAUCUGGGGAGAUACAGGCGACUAUCUCUUACAACAAGCCAACCUAGAUGGUACCGGUUAUGAGGUUUUGGUUGAUGUAGGAAUGUACCACGCCCAUCCCGACCGAAUGGCGAUUGACUAAAGUACGGGGAAUAUCUUUUACACAGCUGUAAGAAAAAACGUCCUCGGAUUUACG